AUGAGCGCGGAAGCCUCCGAAGCCGCAAUAAGCGGACCUAAGAAGCCAGUCGCACAAGACAUUCGGGAAAAUUCACAGAAUCAAUCGAGUUCCGAAAUAUCGGAUCGCCUAGAUCCUGAUGAAUUCCAUGACGAGCAUGUCGAACGAAUUUACAAGCAACUGGAUUGGCGGAUUAUACCCGCUCUAUGGGUGCUCUACUUCGUGACUUCGGGCGUUAAGUCCAAUGUCGGCCUGGCGCAAACCAUGAAUGAAACAUCCGGUCACGACUUGGCAAGCGUUCUACAUCUGACGGAGCAUCAGGUAUCAACCGCGCUGGCUUUGUUUUAUGUCGGCUAUGUGGUUUUCGAUCUACCAUCUAACUUGGUCAUGACGCGUCUCAGCCCACAUGUUUGGAUGAGUCGUAUCGUGAUCAGUGUUGGCUUGAUCGGCACCUGUAUGGUAGCUAUGAAAGCAGCCUGGAGCUUCUAUUUCCUUCGACUUCUUCUAGGUAUCGUCGAAGCUGGACUAUGGCCCGGCAUGACCUACUACUUGACAUUAUUUUACCCACCAUCUCGACUGGGCAAGCGAAUUGGCCGGUAUUUCACGGCCGGCCAGGUCUCAGCUGCAGUUGUGGGCCUCGUAUCUGCCGGCUUUCAAAAGAUGGACGGAGACAGGGGUUAUGUUGGAUUCCAGUGGAUGUUUCUGGUCUGGGGCGUAAUUACCAUUGCGCUUGGCUUCAUCCUUCUUUGGUGGUUGCCCGAUCGUCCGAUCACGCCAGGUGAGGAGCGGCCUCCUCGCAAGUGGUUCAUGCGAUGGGUUCCAGAAACUGCUCCGGCUCUGAAAGGAAGAGAUGCGAUGAUCCAUUACCACGAUAUGAAACGCGUAUAUCACUCUCCUGCAUGGAGCAUGCGUGACCUACUCCAUGUUUUCAUGGACUGGAGACUUUGGCCCCUUCUGGUCAUGUAUUUCGGUGUUGUUGGUGUGGGAAUUGGUGUUCAAUUAUAUGCCAACUUGAUUAUUCAAGCUAUUAACCCCUCGUUAAAUGGAGUUGACGUGAGCUUACUCACUGCUCCAAUUUGGAUUAUGGACCUCAUCGCCAUUCUUCUGGUGACACCAUUUUCAGAUCGGUUCCAUCGCCACCGCGCCCUCUUUUUCUCCAUCCCCACCUUACUCCAAAUCCUAGGUCUCCUCCUAACCAGCUACGCCGGUUCCGACGAGAACCCCUGGCCCCGAUACGGCGGCCUAUUAAUAGUAGGAUUCGGACUCGGUCCUACUGUACCGAUCACCAUGACGUGGACAGCGGAGAUCUUCCAACCCCGUCAUGGCGAAGUAGGAGUAGCCGCAGCUUCUGCAGUUGUCUCCGGUUGGGGAAACCUGGGCAGCAUUCUAACCACCUAUGCUCUCUAUUCUGGGUGGGCGAGUGAUGCCAAUGCUCCCGGGCGAGAGAAGUACCGGAAAAGUAAUUUGGUCAUGAUUGGCAUUCUUAUUGCCAGUAUCCUCGCUGCUAUCUUUAUGCAAGUGACUCUUCACUUUACCGAUGCGCGCCAUCUUCAAGCUGAAGGCCAGGAGGGUGCUGUUGAUGGUGCAGCGCGCCGCGAGGUCGAACAGCGUGGGUUGCGGGGACUUGGAUCUGGAAUGGGGAGAUUCCUUCGCCGUGGUAAGGGCAGCCAAAAGUAA